AUGGAUCACAUCUGCAGAAAUGAAGGCGGCACUUCCUCUGCUGGUCGUAUUGCAAUUCAAUCAUUCUGUUCUCCACAGUGUAAAUAUGCAAACAAUGAAUUAUAUCUGAUGGAAGAUCCUCCAUGUGAUCCUUCUUGCAUCUCAGCUGUUGAUAACUCUUGGUUAUUGCAGGAGUGGCAUAUUCUUUCCUUUAUUAGGUCACUAAGAGGCAUGGCCCGUUCUUCAAAUGUUGUUGUUGUUGUAACAUUUCCACCUUCACUUCUAUCUCCAUCUUGUUCAAAAAGAUUGCAGCAUAUGGCGGACACCUUGCUAUCUGUCAAAGCAAUUCCAGAUGAGGACAAGGAACUGGCGAAACUCCUCACUGGUUACCAAGACAUGGUUGGGUUUUUAAAUGUGCAUAAAGUUGCACGGUUAAAUACACAGGUUCCUGUGAUUCUUGAGGCCACAACAUUCUCAAUAAAGUUACAGAGACGGAGGUUUUUGGUUUUAGAUUGUCUAAACCAAGCCCCGGUUGAAGGUUCAAGCGGGAGUUCGUAUGGCACAUCGGGUGGCUGUUCUGGGUCAACUAAAGCUGGGUCACUUGAUUUUUAGAUUAUACCUUGUUUAUCACUUAAAAUUGCACCACCAUAUAAACCCAGCAAUAGUCUUAGCUCGUGAAA